AUGUCUCACUAUUUUGAAAAGCCACCAUACGAAGAAUUGAACGACCGCAUGGGCCGGAUCGAGGGUUCACUUGAUGAUCUUCACGAGCGCAUGGGUCGAAUUGACAAGGCUAUCCACAAGAUAUUGGACCAUCUAGGGGUGGACAGUCAAGACCAGCAUGCUCGUGCUGUACGAACCAAUCUCACGACGACGGACACCGAAGCUCCGCAUGCCCGACAGGCUACGCUUGCCAAGGAUGCACUCUCCCUGUCUAACCCUGUCACAAUCAAUGGACCGUACCCGUACACCACUCUAGAACCUACCAAGUCACAGAUUCGGAUCCUAGAACUGUAUUACGACAUCAGCUUCACCGAUCCAAUUCGGGCGUCUCUCAAGAUCAUAAGCCUAGACGAACCCAAGGUGUCUGCCAUCAAACAUUCGAAGCCAGCUGCGUCCGCCUUCACAGCAUUGUCUUACUGUUGGGGUACUCCAAUCAAGGAUCAUACCAUCAAUCUGGACGGAUAUCAACUUCCAAUCACGCAAAGCCUUGAUUCAGCCCUACGACAUCUCCGAAACUUUUACAUGGAUGGCAUAUCAGUCUGGGAGAAGUAUCUUUGGAUCGACCAACUGUGUAUCAAUCAAAGCGAUGUUGAUGAGAGAAGCAGCCAGGUUUCACUCAUGAGACGCAUAUACAAGAAAGCGCAUAAUGUCCAUGUCUGGCUAGGCGACGAGUCAGAUACCAGUCACACAGCAAUCGACUUGUUGACCAUUCUUGGAGCGCCACCUAAAGAUGCUCCUGGAGAAGCAAUCCACUAUCCUUCGCUUACUGAGCCAGAGGUCGCUCUCAAAUGGAAAGCCCUGGCGUCAUUUUUCGGAAGACCCUGGUUCGAGCGAGUGUGGAUCAGACAAGAAAUCGCCCUUCAUGACAAGGUUCUACUUUCAUGUGGUGAAAAAGUCUUCGACAUAGGUAUCCUAGAGCGUGCUUUAUUAAUGGUAAAAUACGUGAAGGGUCUGGGAUACGGCAACCCUACGAUGAACGAGGGGAUCACCUCAGAAGCUGCUGCGACACUACCGUGGGAUUACCACCCGUGGAAGUUACUAGAGCUCAGAACUGCUACAGGUUGUGGCUCCAACUGGGUACGUCUAGGCACGCUCCUUCUAGACGCGAGGGGGUGCAAAGCAACAGAUGCGCGCGACAUGGUGUUUUCCGUUAUUGGCUUGGCUGAUCCCAACGUAUUUCGAUUUGUACCUGAUUAUCGAAGCGACGUACGCAAUAUCUACAUCACGGCCACUAAGGAGGUGUUGAGACAAAAAUGGGGAUUACAUAUACUCUCAGCGUGCCAAAAUCCAGAGAGGAAGCAUGGUCUACCUUCUUGGGUACCAAACUCAGCGGACGCCUGGCGCUGUUUGCCUUUCAAACCGAUUGAGGACAUGGGCUCCGACCAAGAGCCCCCGUUCAAAUCGGAUGUUGUUCUCACAGCGGACAUACAAGUGCGGGAUGAAAUCCUCAUAUUAAGGGGCGGACUGAUAGAUGAAAUUAGUCAUGUUUCUCCAGAAACAGUAGACAGCACAUCAGCCACAGCUGAGAUCGAAGACGUAUACGAGUCAUGGCUAGAUCUCGUAGAGAAGGUAGCUUCCAGCAGUGAUUUGCCGCAUAGGUUGGAUCUCGAAGUAUACAGACAGGACACGACACGUGACGGCCUCGAGGCACGGAAAGCCUGGAUUCGCUUGCUUUCGGUACUGCUUGACCAAGCAGAAGAUCUAGACGGAUUCAAUGUCGAUCGUCCCAGCAAGCAAACGCUUAAUAUGCGAAUCACGUCGGUCUGA